AUGUCGAUGCAACAAUUAAAUGACGAAAUAGAAAAACUUUUUCGUGUAAGCAACAAGUAUCAAGAUAGCUUUAUUAAACGACUUGAUGAUCUUUAUCGUAAAUUUGGUACUGUCAGCAUGGAGAAGUGGCGAAAUAGAUCAAAUAAACUCAAUUCAUUACUUCAUGAAUUGGUCGAAAAGGAUAUGCCUGAUGUUAUUGAACAUGUUAUACGGGAACAUAAAUUUGAUAUAAAUAUUCGACGUGAUAAAGAUGGUGUAACUCCUCUUGAUUUGGCUUCAAUGAAUGAAAAUUCGAAUAUGUGUGAUUUGCUAGAACGACUUGGUGCCACAAAUGUACAACGUGAGGACGUUUCAAAAUGGUCAAGCGAUGAAGAGAAGGAAAAAUCAAUGAAUAUUGUAUGGCUCGAUUUAGAGAUGACAUCUAUUGAAGACCCACACAUAUUAGAAUGUGCUGUGAUUAUUACUGAUAAACAUCUCAGAGAAUUAACACGACAAAAUUGGGUUAUUGGAUUCAAAAAGGAAGUAUUAGAUAGUCUUGCCGAUUGGCAUCAAGAAACAUUUGCCGAUUGUGACAAGGGUGGCAAUGGUUUAUUUGCUGACGUUUUGAAAUCAAAGAUUACACGAGAACAAGUGGAAAAAGAAUUAUUAAGUUUACUCAAACAUUAUUGUGUGGAAAAGAAAUGCCCGCUAGGUGGCAGUUCAGUUCAUAUUGAUAAAGAAGUUUUGAAACUUCGAAUGCGAUCGGUUCAUGAUUAUUUACAUUAUCGUAUUAUUGAUGUGAGCUCGUUUCAAGGAAUAAUGAGAAGAUGGGCGCCAUGGAUUGAAACAGAUAUUAAGAAAAACCUCGCAAGAAAAGGACAAGAAUCAGUGAACCAUCGAGCAAUGGACGACAUUGAAUGGUCCAUUGCAUUUAUGAAAGAGUUUCGACCACAUUUGACAAAACGACCUGUGGAUCCCAAUAAUCGAAAACAUGAACGAUCAAUAAUACAGCAGCGUCGACGUAGCGCGUCUCCAUCAUUAGUUAAAAAAAAUCAGUCACCUCGGAAAAAUAAUGCAUCUAACUAUAAUGCACAUGGCAAUAAUGCUUCUAACUAUAAUGCACAUGGUAACCAAGGUUCAGCGAGCAAGUAUCCCAGUAAUAGUGCUUAUGGAAAUAACAGUUUCGAUAACAAUGUUCAAUUAUACGCAGAUGAAAAACGUUUAUUGGAACGUAUAGAACAAGACAAAAAAAUAAAUGUAUCUAGUCUAUAUUUGUACAAAAACGAUCAAGAAAUAUACAUGAAAAAUCCUCACCUACGUGAAGUUUUCGUCAAUAAAGAUCAAUUGGAGGUUUAUAAGAAAGAUUUUACUAAAUAUAGUCGUCGUUUACCAAUAUCUCGUCAACUGCUACGAAGCAAUAGUUCUAAUUCGUCAAGGUGUUCAACAACUGAACAUUGGGGACAACGAAAGUUACUCCUGACUGAGAUUGAAUUUUUAACUAAGUAUGAUACUGAUGAUGAUUAUCGAGUGAUCUAUGCUGGUGCUGCUCCAGGUUCACAUCUUAGUUAUUUAAGUUCAUUAUUUCCAAAAUUUGAAUUUAUUCUCAUUGACGAGAAAGAAUUUUCUUUAAUGCCUACUGACGGCAUCAAAAUUAAAGCAGAAAAUUUUACGGACGAUCUCGCACGAUAUUAUUCCCAGUCUAAAAAAAAGAUAUUAUUUAUUUGUAAUGUUCGUACAUAUCGGCCGGAAGAUAAUGGACAGAACAGUCUGAUUGAAGAUAUGGACAAUCAAGUGAAAUGGAAUAAUAUAAUGAAACCACAAGCAUCUUUAUUAAGUUUUCGACUUCCACGUAUGCCUGGGAAAAUUCUAUAUUAUGAAGGCCAUCAGAUCAUUGAACCAUGGGCAUCGAAAAGAAGUGUUGAAUGUCGAAUAGUUGUUAAGAAAGAUGCAAAAAUGAUCGGUUAUUCUUAUGACGAGUUUGAAAAUUCUAUACGUCAGUUUCAUGACAUAACAAGAGUCAUGUAUUACGAACAUAACAUGGAUGAAGUUGAAAAUGAAGGACUCGAUCAUUGCUAUGAUUGUCGGGCAGAGAUCUUCAUUUUACAAGAAUAUAUUAAGAAAUUUCAAAAACCCAAGACUGAAAAGGACUUGAAAAUUAAAACGGCUGAGAUGUCAGCCGACAUAUCAAAGAAUAUUGUGGAUGAAAAUAGAAAUGAACUUCUUGGUUUCAAACGAACACUCAAUGUGAUUCCAACGAAGGGAAAAAUCUAUUCUUCAAAUUUAUAA